UGAGAUUUUCAGAUUGCUCAGGGCGCUCAUUUGGGGAAGUUUGAUUGAUAGAAUGUACGCUUUGUAAUAGUCAUCCGAUCGUGUCACGAUUUUGUUCGUGCAUAAACUAUUGUCUAUUCUAUCCUGGACUUGAAAAGCGUUUGUUUGGGAUCAUGGAGGGUAUUGCUGAUGUAUUUCGAUGCUUCAUAUGUAUGGACAAGUUGAGGGAUGCAAGAUUGUGUCCACACUGCUCAAAACUUUGUUGUUUUGCUUGUAUUCGGAGAUGGCUUGUUGAACAACGUUCACAAUGUCCUCACUGUAGACUUCCACUAAGACCUCAUGAGCUUGUGAACUGUCGUUGGGUUGGAGAUAUCACUCAGCAGUUAGAAAGCCUUCAGCUGCAAAGUACUCCAUCAAUUACACCAGCCAAUUCAAUAUCAAAUAGUGCCAGUACCACAGAUUUAUGUGAUAUGCACAGUGAAAAACUUUCAGUCUACUGUGUCACUUGCAAGAGCUGUAUUUGCCAUAAAUGUGCUCUUUGGGAAGGUACUCAUUCAGGCCAUAUGUUCCAGCCGUUAGAUGGAAUGUACGAAACUCAUGCAACUAAGAUUCGGGACGGAAUCGCCCAGUUAAGACGAAGACUUCUCGAAAUAAGCAUGAUCGUUCAAGAUGUGGAACGUAAUGUCGAAAGCGUCCGGACUGCUAAAGACGAAAAAGUGAGCGAAAUACGUCAUGCUGUAGAAUUGGUUGUAUCACGUUUAGAUUCACAGCUACGAAGUAAACUUCUGUCAUUGGUGGGACAAAAAAAUGUUCUCACACAAGAAAUAGAUCACUUAGAAGCCUUGCUGCAGGAAACCGAAACAACGCUGCAAAAUGAAUCCAAAAGUCAAUUGAUAGCUAAAAGUGGCGAAAUUAUGUCUGCAAUGGACAGGGCCGAACGACGAGCCUUUAGUUCUUUUACAUUACAUCACGUUCCAGCUGAUUUUCAAAGUGAAAUUGUUCCACCGUACAAUACUAGUGUCUUUGCAAUUGAAGAUUUUAGUCGAAUGAGGAACAACGCUGACCCCAUUUACUCACCCCCUCUAGUUGUAGAUGGCCUAAAGUGGAGACUUAAGGUUUAUCCUGACGGAAAUGGUAUUGUUCGUGGUAACUACUUGUCAGUUUUUCUCGAAUUGACUAGCGGUGUAUCAGAACCAGCCAAAUACGAGUAUAGGGUAGAGCUGGUCUAUCAAGGGCCAAAUAAUGCGAGCGGCGGCCUCUCCGCAAACCGCAAUAUAGUACGGGAAUUCGCCAGUGAAUUUGAUGCAGGUGAAUGUUGGGGAUAUAAUCGUUUCUUUCGCCUCGACCUCCUUGCUUCCGAAGGCUAUCUGAGACCGGAAAGUAAUUCUCUCAUCCUACGAUUUCAUGUCCGUCCACCGACAUAUUACCAAAAAUGUCGCGACCUUCAAAGAUAUCUCUCUAGUAUGCUACAAAAACACGCUCGUUACUUAAAUAUUAUAAAAGGUUUUACCGAGGGUAGACACGAUCAAGAACUUGUCCAAAGUGAUGGAGAAGAAAACGUAGACGUGCGCAAUCAAAUCGGUUCCGCCACCUCUUCAGUACCAGAUCGUGGAGCAGCCACCGUAUGCCUAUCUACGCAAACUUCCACGUUAAAUACAUCAAUAACCGAAAACGACGACGUUUUGUUAACUGACGAAGUUUUUGAGAGCACUUCACCCUCCCAACGCUUGCUCAAUUUAACGGAUAGUGUUCGCCGAUUGGCUGGUGGUUUCCAGAGCACUACGUUGCAGCCGGAUGAUGAAUGGGUGUCCACUAGCAGCGAAAGCGGAACUCCGAGCCUUGGUAAUGAUAACGUCGUUGACGAAAACAACCUGAGUGAGGGAGAAUUGGAACUCAGCGAAGCUGUUAUUAGCGUAAACCAAUACAUUAUGCAGCCACGUUUUGCCAGCGGAAGCAACUUUGACCGUAACGUCUCCGCGUCUAGUAUUCGUGACGGAGACAUCACUUACCCAUUAAUGGAUCAAACGUUUAGAGAACUAAACAACUCCUCGAUGAACGGGAUAGCCUCCAACGUCUCUGUGCAUUCUUUUGCCGAACGUGAUUGGGAUCAAGAAACUUUGGAAAUGUCUUCUAUCGUCCCGGAAACGGAACAACCGGUUAGAACGCCUGUCCGGACAACCAGGUUGAGAAGUCCUCAGUCUCAUCAGCGGAAGAACCGUCGUGUGCGAGACAGCACAUUUUUGCUACCAAGAUUAGGUACCAGUCGUAGGCGCUCUAUUUCUCCACCUCGCAGCCGUGCACCAAUUCCCAGUCCAGCUCCUGCUCCACAAGCAGCGGCAAAUUUUUCUGUCAAAGGCAGCGCGACAGAAGAAUGAACAAUUAAACCAAGCCACGCUUCCACACUAUUUUAACCAAUUGUGCUUUGUGCACCUUAUUUGUUACCGCAUAAUCUCACUAUUACUCACGGAUACAAAUCUGAAAUAUACAAGUUGAAAAUUC